GGGGCACAGUAGGUUAAGCACGUUCGCUCACAUAACCACCUGGGCUCUGGAAUAAAAAUUCUGUCAACAGUUGAAAAUGCAUACGGACUUGGCUUCCCAUUUGCACACGCCGGCCUGCAACAAACUAAUUGAGGAGCUUCAAGCUUGCCACGACAACAACGCUUUCGGCAGGUUCAUUGGGAUCUGCAAUUCGAUUGACGACAAGGUGGUCAAGUGCCUGAAGGGCGAACGCAUCGCUCGCUCCGCUGCAAACCGAGCCAAGGCCCGCGAACAGCAAGCCAGAUACAAGGAGAGACUGCUGCACGGAGACACCGAAUAGCAUAAUGGCAGCCACCGCGGAUCCCCUGGAGUC